UGGCUGCAGCAGGAGGACUGAUCUCUGCAGAGCACUGCAGAGGCGCUUCUCGGAUUUUGAGGUUAUUAUUGCUGUGUUAUCCGCUGUUAUCUGUGUUUCAGCGUAGAUAUUUCCCUAAAAAAUUCAACAUGACUGCGUGGAGAGCUGCUGGACUCAACUACAUCCAAUAUUCAAACAUUGCCGCCAAAAUUGUCAGACGAGUCCUGAAACCCGAAUUCAAAGCUGAUGCAGCAAAGAGGGAAGAUUCCCAUGUCAAAUUUACCGCAUGGAAGGAUGGCAAACCAGAAAAUCAACAAUAAAAUCUUUCAGUUGAACAAACCAUCCGCCUAAAAAUGGACCACAGCUUGAAAUAUCAUCUAGUUUUUAGUGAAUUUCUCUCUUUAAGUUAAGUACUUUUGUUUUCCUUCUAAAUGUUCAUCCUGUUGUUAAAGUUAACUCUGUUUUAAAUAAGUUCUUUGUAUCUAAAAGAUAUUUUAAGUAAAGCUUCGGAAUAAUGUCAAGAGAUCGAAA